AUGGCCCCUGCUCCGAUCGCAUCUUCGAGCGAUGAUAUCGCGACUGUUCUCCAACUAGUUACGCCUCCUCAGAUUGCCCCGCACCGCUCCCACGACCCCUCCAACAAUCAAAAGCGGAGUGAUCCCUUCCAGUUCGGCUCCCGGUACCUGGAAGAGGGAGACGAUGUCUUCGAGUUCAACGCCUGGGACCAUGUCGAGCCCGACGACGAGUUCAAAGCCUUCGCAGAAGUCCAAUAUUCGAAGCAGCGCGAAACCCCGGUUUCGGAUUUCGACAGAAACCGUUUCAAUGCCGACCCUGCCAAGUGGUGGAACCUUUUCUACAAGAACAACACAGCCAACUUCUUCAAGAACCGAAAAUGGCUCCGCCAGGAGUUCCCUGUCCUUGCGGAUGUGACUCAGCCUACAGCAGGAAAGAAGGUGGUGCUGGAGGUCGGUGCAGGUGCCGGAAAUACUGCCUUCCCAUUGUUGGAAAACAACGAGAACGAGGAGCUCAUGGUCCAUGCCUGUGAUUUCUCCAAGACCGCUGUCAAGGUCAUGCGCGAGAGCCCACACUACAACACUAAGCAUAUGACAGCUGAUGUGUGGGAUGUCACGGCGGAGCCCGAUGACAACAGCAAUGGACUUCCUCCUGGCCUUACUGAGGAGUCGGUCGAUGUCGUCGUUCUCAUCUUUAUCUUUUCUGCUUUGGCCCCAGAGCAGUGGAACCAGGCUAUUCGUAAUGUGUACCGCGUCUUGAAACCCGGCGGACAUGUUCUGUUCCGCGAUUACGGACGGGGCGACUUGGCACAGGUUCGCUUCAAGAAGAACCGAUACAUGGGCGAGAACUUCUACGUUCGUGGUGAUGGAACACGGGUGUACUUCUUUGAUCGCGAUGAGCUUGAGAAGAUGUGGGGCCAAUGGACUCCGGAGAAGGGCUUGCCCACGGCACUUGCGACAGGAGAGGAAACCGAGGUCAAGGAUGAACAGAGCCCUACUGAUACCAAGGGUGUCUUUGACAUUGAGAAGCUAGGUGUCGAUUACCGGUUGAUCGUUAACCGUCAGCGCAAGCUGAAGAUGUACCGCUGCUGGAUUCAGGGCCAUUUCCUCAAGCGCGAGACCACUGCCGCCAUCGAUGCUUCGAAUAACGAAUCGUGA